GAUUGUAUACCUGUGGGAGAUAAAAAUUGCAAUGAAAAUUGGGUGAAAUGGGAGUAACUCUGAGGAGUACAAUUUCCUUAGCCCGAUUAUAGUAAAGUGUAGUAGCCGAAAGAGGGUGGGGUUCGAUGAGGGCACAUUGAUCACUCGACUGGUUUCUGUUUGGAAAGAGAGGGACGAGUGGACAAACCCCAACACCUAUAAAUACAAAAGUGGCGAAUAAGAUAAAGAUAAUACGAGACAGAGUGAAUUGCUUUGGGUGAUUUUUUUCACUCCUACACAUUCAGCUAAAGAUUCUCGCAGGUUGCUGAAAUGCAGGGGGAUAUCGGAAUCAAUAUUUCUGGUGACAUUGAAACGCCAUUCAAUCAAAAAGAGACGACAGCGAAUGGAUUGGACUUUCUACAGAUCCCUCAACUUCCAUUCACCCAGCUGGGAUAUCCCCAAGCCCAUGACUGGAUCCAGCACAGAAAAGCAACACUGAGACCAUGGAGUUUAUUUCUAAAUACCAAUAAUUUUCGUGCACCUCCUGGCGUAACUAGACUUAGCAAACGUAUCGUCAAAAAUAUCGAAUACUUCCAGAGUAACUAUUUAUUUGUCUUCGUUGGACUUGUUAUUUAUUGCUUAAUUACAUCACCUUUAUUAUUACUAGUAGCGGCUGCAUCACUGGGUGCAUGCUACAAAAUAUCGGAAAGACAUGCUAAACAGGAGUUAACCAUUGUUAAUCAUAGGUUGACUCUAGCCCAGGUUUACAUGAUCGUUGGAGCAUGUUCACUGCCUUUAUUUUAUCUCGUUGGAGCUGGAGCUAUUCUAUUUUGGGUUUUAAGUGUAUCUUGGUCUUUGGUACUCAUCCACGCUGCAUUCUACAAUAUAGAUUCAGUUUUAUGUCCGGGAGAGGACGAGCUGAAUUCUCUAGUGAUGCAAGAAGUUUAAUUGAACUAAAAAUUUUAAUGAAAUUGAUGGAUUCAGUUGGGAAGUGACACAACACUUUACUAGUGAAUUUAUUAAUACUUCCAAUUCCUUAUGAUGAUUUAGUGCCUAUUUAAAUUUUUCUAUUAACCAAAAUUAUUUUGAUUAUUAAAAUUCAUAGAUAAGCAUACCUAUUAUUAAAUUAAAUAAUGAUAAAUUUUA